AUGGCUUCACCAUCUGCCAUCCAGGGCUCUGCUCCCUGGCGAGCCUGCGGACAAUGUAUCCGUCGUCAAUACCUCCGCUCCGGUCCAGCGCGCUCCCAGAACCGUUUCCUCUCGACGACCAACCCGCUCCGCUCCGCCGGAAAUAAUCCCCUACGAUCUCCCACUACUUCGCGCGCACGGGCUCAGGAUGCCGCAAAGUCCCGUCGGUCGAUGAUGAUUUCGGUGGGUGGAAUUGCUGCUUGCGCGGUGGCCAUGUAUGGUGUCAUUGCGUUGGAUCCGUUCGGACUUCCCAAGCCGGAAAAGGCGGAAGGGAAAGAUGAGAAAGUGGAGGGCAGCAGCGGUGAUAAUAAGAACGGGGCUAUGAAAAUGGAUGGUCCGGAUGGGUUCCCCAGUAACGCAUCUGUGAUCCGUAUACAAGGACAGGAUGGAGUUGAGGAGGUCGCUACUGGCACGAGCUCGGUGCCUUAUUUCCCCAGUACAAUGAAGCUGCCCAAGUCGAUUGAUAGUGCCUCGAUAAAACCCAAUGAGGAAUUGGGCCCGGCAGAGGAAGAGGAGGAAUACCAGCUUCUGGGUCUGGGUAUUCGCACUGUUUCCUUCCUCCGAAUCCAGGUCUACGUUGUUGGCUUGUACGUGGCCAAAUCCGAUAUCACCGAAUUGCAGCGGCGGCUGGUCCGCACGGCUGUGAACCCCCCAGGAGAGGGACAGGCUAUUACCGGUACUCCUGGAGCUGGCUCCGCGACUUCUCUUGUCUCCGGAGAGCGACAGCAGCUGAAGGAGCUUCUCCUUGAUGCGGACAAGGGUGAUGCCGCAUGGGAUGCGAUUUUGAAGCAGGAAGGCCUCCGGACCGCAUUCCGCAUCGUCCCCACACGCAAUACGGACUUCUUGCACUUGCGCGACGGCUGGGUUCGUGGUAUCACAGGCCGCGCUCAAAAGGCCAACGCCAAGGUCAAGGAGUCCGGAUCUACGACGCCCGGCGAGUUCGGGGACGACUCGUUCGGACCCGCACUAAGUGAAUUCAAGGCUCUGUUUGGUGGGGGUCAGCGCAAGAAUGUGCCCAAGGGCGAGACACUGCUCUUGGUGCGCAACGCGAAUGGCGACAUGGAUGCCCUCUUCCACCCAGAUCCCACCAAGCCCAUGAGAUGGCUGGGCCGUGUAUCUGAUGAGCGCAUCAGCCGACUCGUCUGGUUGAACUACCUGGCCGGCAAGAACGUCUCCAGCGAGGGCGCGCGACAGAGCGUCGUGGAUGGCAUAAUGGGAAUCGUGGAACGCCCCGUCGGAACCGUCGUCCAAAAAGUGAUCUAA